AUGCCCAGACAGCGGUUUGUUACGCAUUGGCCAUCUUUGAAGCAGAAACGCAAAAGAUUAAAGCAAUAUAUCCAUCUACUGGCAUCGAACUACCCUAAAUGUCCCGUGGAGUAUAAUUGGCACGACCAAGGGGAACGCUACUGGCCCCGUUGGAUCCGACUUGGACGUUGUGUGAAUCUUGGUGGAUAUUCUUGUUCUAUACCUCCAGGAUUGUAUUGCCAAGGAGCCAAAAUCAUCGAGUAUCAAAAUGCUCUUGGUACCGGAUUCAACGACCGAUAUUGA